CUCCACCUCCUGCCUCCGUCCGCCGGCUGCGACCGUUGACAUCCCUCUCGCGCCCUCCCCCGCCCUCCCCCGAUGCAAGGCGUCCAGCGCCGCCGCUGCUCGAACGACGCCGUGGGGCUCGACCUGUCCACCGCCACGGCCACCACGUCCUCCUCCGCCGCCACGGCCUCCCUGUCGAUCGACGAGGCGGAGCCGGCGGAGGCCCGGAUCCAGCGGCUGAUAUCGGAGCACCCCGUGAUCAUCUUCAGCCGGUCGUCCUGCUGCAUGUGCCACGUCAUGAAGAAGCUCCUCGGCACCAUCGGCGUCCACCCCACCGUCAUCGAGCUCGACGACGACGAGAUCCGGUCCCUCGGCGACGGCGCCUCCACCCCCUCCGCCUUCAUCGGCGGCUCCCCCGUCGGCGGCCUCGACUCCCUCUUCGCCCUCCACCUCUCCGGCCGCCUCAUCCCCAUGCUCGUCGCCGUCGGCGCCCUCUACAACCACCCCAUCCCCUCCUGAACUGACCAGUUCUUCACCCAUCAAGUAGCUAAUCUAUCUCCCUAAGCUCAUCAUUAUCGUCAUCACCUUUCUCUUUGAUUUCCAUCUCUUCUUGUACUGUAAUUGCACACCCAAAAAAAAAAAAUUACCCGCAA